UCUUACACGUCCUUUUCAGGCGUGAACUUGUGGCCUGGAAAGCAAAUACGCAGUCACAACUAUCAUACUCCUGAGCCCUUCCGGAAUCGAGUUGUGGUUUUGAUAGGCAGUUCCAUGAGUGCCGCUGAUUUAUCUAUUGAGAUUGCUGAGGUAGCCAGAGAGGUCCACUUUGCAUCCAGAUCAGUGGCUGAUGAAACCUACGAAAAACAGCUGAGGCAUGACAAUCUGUGGCUUCAUUCUAUGGUGGAAAGCGCCAGUGGAGAUGGUACCGUGGUUUUCCGAUUUGGCAGUGCUGUCGUUGCUCACAUUAUUCUGCAUUGCACUGGCCACAGAUUGUGACUGUAGAUGACAAUCGUAUGGGGCCACUUUACAAGCAUGUUUUUCCUCCCAUCUUUGGCUCCAGGGCUAUCCUUUGCUC